AUGCCAAAGUCAAAGAAACCGCGAACUUCGAAAACUUCUACGAAAAAACAAGGGCAAAUUUCAAAAAAAAAAGGAAAAUUUGACGAUAAUUCACAAACUAAAGAAAUUAUUUCACUAGAUACUGUGAAUACUGAAACAAAUAUCGGAGAUUUUUUAAUCGUUGCAGGAAGUUAUGAAAGAAUUUUAUAUGGAAUUAAAUCGCAUUGGAUAAAUUCUGGCGAAGAGGGUUUUGAUAAUGAUAAUCCUACAUUGAAAUUAGAGCCGAUCUUUAUCUUUCCAGCUCAUAUUGGAUGUAUUAAGACGGUAUCCGUGGGUGGUAAAUUUUUGGCUUCGGGAAGCACUGAUGAAGUUAUAAAAUUAUACAAUUUGAAAAAUCGCAAAGAACUUGGGUCUUUAUUACAACAUGAAGGUUCAAUAACAACUCUUCAAUUCUUUGAUAAGUCUCAUAUGUUUAGUGGAAGUGAUGAUGGUACAAUAUGUAUUUGGAGAACAAAAGAUUGGGAGUGUUUAAAGAUCUUAAAAGGUCAUAAAGGACGUAUAAAUUCUUUGGCGAUUCAUCCAUCUGGUAAAAUUGCAUUAUCUGUGUCUGCCGAUAAAACUCUUCGCUUAUGGAAUUUAUUACGCGGCCAAAAGGCCAGCGUAAACAAACUUGGAAGAGAGGGUGAAAUCGUCUUAUGGAAUCUGUCAGGUGAUCAAUAUGCAAUUUUAAUGGCUCGCGAAAUCGAAAUUUACAACACUUCGGACGCCCAAAUAGUACAGAAACUUCAUAUUGGAAAUUCCCGUUUUCUUUGCAUGCAAUAUUAUACACACAAACACCUGGGAGAUUUGUUGAUUGUAGGAAGCGAAGAUAAGACCAUAAGAGUGUAUGAUGUUAAAAACGGUCAUUGUUUUGUGACGUUAUUGGGACAUAAAAAUAGGAUCAAGGACCUAUCAAUUAUUCAAUCAAUUCCACCAAACAGUAGCGAUCCUUUUCCGUUAUUAUCAUCAAUCUCCUCUGAUGGUAUUAUCAACAUAUGGAAUCUGAAUAAAGUAUUACCGCAAGACUAUAAAGAAGGGGAUAAUACGGUUUUCGAUUCACCGUUGAUAUCAUUUGAUACAAAAAGUAGACUAACUUGUGUUGUACUAUCCCAAAUUUGA